CAACCUGCAGAACCAUCGGGCUACUCUGUCAUUGCAAGCAGCGAUUUACCAUCAGACACGGCCGUCGUCUCCAUCCCCUUCUCCCUGGCCAUCACUCCCACCGUCUCCCGAGCUGCACUAGAAACCCUCUUCGAAGCCUCCGCCGCGAAGCUCGCACUCGACGGCUGGUCGGAGAGACAGCUCAUUUGCUCGUACAUCUGCAUGCAUUGGGUCGUCGAGCGGAAUACGUGCGGACAACCAGCUGUACUCGCGCAUCACCCAUACCUUGCGACCCUCCCUUCGCCUGAUAAGCUCCUCACGCCCCUCCACUUCAUCCCCGUGGAGCUCGCCGCAUUCCAGGGCACCAACCUCUACGGCGCCACCCUCGCCCGACGAGACGCCUGGCGCGCCGAAUGGCAGGCCUGUCAGAGCGCCAUCGCGCAGACGAACCCUGAUUGGGCCGACACAUUCACCUGGGACCGCUACCUGACUGCGUCGACGUACCUCUCCUCCCGCGCGUUCCCCUCAACGCUGCUGUCGCCCACGCCUUCCCUCGCGCCGUCGCCGGACUCGCACCCCGUGCUCCUCCCGGGCGUCGACGCGCUCAACCAUGCACGCGGGCAGCCCGUCUCUUGGGCUGUCUCCACCGCCCCAAACGCCCCGUCGAGCAUCUCGCUCGUGCUGCACAACGCGCACCCUGCCGGCGCGGAGCUCUUCAACAACUACGGCCCCAAGCCGAACGCCGAGCUCAUCCUCGGGUACGGCUUCGCGCUCCCGCACAACCCGGACGACACCAUCGUCCUCAAGCUCGGCGGGGCGCCUGCCGCGCAGCACGCACCACAAAACAGCGCCGUGGUCGGGUGGGAGGUCGGCCGGGAUGCGCGCGGCGCAGAGCCCGUGUGGGAGGCGGUGCUGGCCGCCGUGUGCGAGUCUGACACAGAGGAUGAAGACCGUACGGUCGAGGACGAGCUCUGCGCAGCGGACGCGCUCGAGGAGAUGGCGCAGAAUCUGUACGAGCGCCUGCCGAAGGGGCCACCGGAGGGCGCGCUCACUGACAGUGCCACCCUGGUUCAGCGUGAAGCUCUUCAUUGGGUCCGUUGGAACAGCGAUGCCAACAUGUCUGUGAAUGUGGUCCGCAUGAAACUGUCUCAUGUCAAGCAUAUUUGGCUUCUUCCUAAUCACCGCAUAUGA